UUUAUCGUAAUUGCAUUAUUUUAUUGAUAAAUGACGUGUUCUUUUAUUGCUCUUUCUUUAGCGUUAUUUUUUAAUUUAAUAAUAAUUUUAUUGGCAGAUAAUCCAAUAUAUUUUUAUAUAGCUGAAACUCAAAAAAAAUGCUUUAUUGAAGAAAUUCCUGAUGAAACUAGAGUUGAGGGUAUCUACAAAAUUGAGGUCAUAGAUCCCCAAACAAAGAAUUUUAUUGUGUCUCCUCAAGGUAUUGGAAUGCAUAUUCAUGUCAAUGAUCCUGAUGGGAAAACAAUAAUGUCUAAACUCUAUAGUUCUGCUGGACAGUUUAGUUUUACAUCUGAAACACCUGGUGAGCAUGUUAUAUGUUUGCAUUCAAAUUCCACUAGACACACAUUGUUUGAAAGGCAAGAACUGAAAGUAUAUCUAAGAAUAAACAUUGGUGAACACACUAUUAAUUAUGCUGAAGCAACCAAAAAAGAAAAGUAUACAGAACUAGAACUAAGAAUUCGACAACUUUUGGAUCAGUUAAUUCAAAUUGCCAAAGAACAAAAUUAUCAAAGGGUUAGGGAAGAAAAAUUUAGAAAGACAAGUGAAAGCACUAAUCAACGUGUUUUGUGGUGGUCAAUUUCCCAAAUAUUUGUUCUUGUUAUAACAGGAGUAUGGCAAAUGAAACAUUUAAAAAGCUUCUUUGAAGCAAAAAAAUUAGUUUAAAUUAUAUUGUAAGUUGUAAUUUAUUAUAUUAUAAUAUGUGUAUUAUAUAAAUGCGACUGAUAAUGAUGAGUAAAAUGAAGAACAAAAAA